AUGGCUACCGAACAAACUCAAGAACACAUUAGAAAUCUUCAGCUUAUAAAUCAAGAGAACGCUCUCCCAAUUCUUAUGAUGCAAGAAAUUCACGGCCAGGUUGGCGUUGAUGAAAAUGGUUACCCAGUGUAUGUUUCGAACACAUCGGAGCCACAAUCUAUACGAGCCCCAACAGAAGGACGAUCAGGCUUCCUGCAGCUCCAUCAUGGAUUUGACAACACCCGAUGA